GGACAAUUGGCAUGGCAGGUGGCUUGUACGGGCAGCCGCCGGUCAGCUACGGGACGUACGCGCGGUCGGUCGCGAGCCCGAGCCGGCUCAGCGAAGACGACGCCAUGCUCGCCAAGCUCAGCGAGUUUGUGUCGACUGGCGCGCUCAAGAACAUCAUGCAGCUACUCAAGAAGAAGCGCUUCACGGCCUCCGACUUGCUCAAGCGCGAGAUCCAGCGGCUCAAGUCGGCGCCGUCCGACGUGGGUCCGGUGCCCGAGUCGGUCCGCGACUUUGACAUUGACGACAGCGAAGACGAAGAAGACGCACGCCUGCGGUCGGUCUCGGUCGCCGACGACUCGAUGCUCUUGCCGCCGGCCAAGGGCUGGGCGGUCUCGUUCGAAGAGGAAAACACGAGCCGCCUCCUCAUUUACGCCCGCCAAGAGUGGCGCCAUACGCAAAAGCUCGCGGUCGAAGCGUCGGUCGCCGAGCUCAUCAUGCACACGCUGCCGCGCCGACGCCCGACGACACGCGAUGCCAAGGCGACCAAGACUGUCCUCGACGUGGCCAAGAAGUACCUGAGCAUCGAAGGCACCGAGCUGCAGCUGCUCGACCUCAUCCACGAGUUUAUCGCGGGCGGGUUUGAACCCGCGCAGAACGCGCUCCUCGCGGCCGUGUGCUCGGUCGACUACGACGACGACAACGACAAGGCGACCGCCGACGUCGACCGCAAGGACUUGUUCAUUCGGUUCCUCCUCCGCUACAUUGCCAUGGCCGACAACAGCUCGCUCUCGCCGGCGCUGACGACGCACUACCAGAACCGAGCGCUCUCGAUCGUGCAGCUGCUGUGCGAGAACCACCACGAGAUGUGGCAGAGCGUCGUGUCGCUCGAGGUCGACGGCAAGCGCAUUCUGCUCGCGGUCGUCGAGGUCAUGGGCGCGGCCAUCAGCGUCUCGCUCAACAACCCGGCGUUGCUCAAGUGCAUGGCGGCCAUCACGGAAGCGUGCCAGGGCCCGAAUAAGGUCAACCAAGAACUGAUCGUCGACUCGAACGCGACGGCGCUCUGUUGCAAGUUGCUCAUGAACGACCAAGCAGUCGACAUGACGAUCCACCAAGCCGCGACCGAGCUCCUCCUCUCGCUCAUGGAAGGCCGGACCGACCAGUCGACGCAAGCCACGAUCGCGCAGGCAUUUAGCGCCGACGUCGUCGUCCAGCGCCUCCAGCUGUACCAUAGAGCGCUCAUCGAGCAGUUUGGCUACCCCCUCGACUUUGCCAAGCACGACAUUCACCGCGCGCCCAUGUACAAGAAGGCAAUGAACCUCACGCGGCUCGUCGUACGCAUCAUGAGCCUCGAACAAGCGUCCGGCAGCGGCGACCUCUCGGGCACUGCGUCGUCGCCGCACGCACUCAGCGCUGACGCCGACCAGGAUGAGCUCGACGAAGCCGACGACGCCGAAGACCGGAUGGCCUUUGAAGUGCACAUGCGCGCCAAGCUCAACACGGCGGUCCUCGGGAUGCUCAAGCGGUCCGAGUCCGAGUCGGACGUGAGCACGCUCGCGACCGCCAUCAAGACGGUGCUUGUCGCCAACCGCGCGCUUCGGUCGUUUGACACGCGGUCGGUGCAGGGCUUUCGCGCAUUGUGGGAGACGGCGGUCGCGACCUACAAGGCGCAGUCGGCCCAGCGCUUCUUCAACGCGCAGCUCAUCUCGGUCGAGAUUCUGCGCUAUGGGAAGCACUCGACCGUCUACUUUGUCAAGCCGCACGACGCCAUGUACUUUGACGAGCAGCUCCAGAACGAUCUGUUGGACGCCAUGGACAUUGGCGGCGAGCAUGCGAUGGACGUCCUUCUCUCUGAGCAAGCACGCGACACGGAAGAGGAGCUCAAGGUCGUCAAGCACCUCAAGCGGCUCACGCUCUACUCGCUCAUGAGCACGUGGCAAAUGUGGCUCCGGACGCGGCUCCUCGCGCUCUGCUUCUACAUCAAUUUCGUGCUCUUGUUGAUGCUGCGCGUCGACAAGACGACCAAGUACCCGUACGUGACGAUCCUCGGCAGCGUCUACUGCGCGCUCGCGGCCAUCCUCUUUGUCUACUACCUCAUGCGGACGUUCAACUUUCAUUACUGCAAGCAGCAGCUCUCGAUCACAAAACUCAAGUUUCGAUCGCCCAAGACGAUUCACGACCGCAAGUGGGAAGCGUUCGAAGAUCCUAUCUUUUAUUUCGAGCUCAUUGCGUGGACGUACUCGCUCAUCGUGUGGGUCUAUGGCUGGACCGCGUUCAACACGGUAGUCCUCGGGCUCGGCGCGUUCCUGCUUCUCUUCUUCUCGACGCUCUCGGGGCUUCGCAAGUACGCCGAGAUCAUGCGCUUUAGCGUCGACCAAGAGAUCACAUACAAGCAAGUCCGGUCGACGACAAAGGACGACCAGCUCCUGCCCAAGGCCUACUUUUGGUACAACGUGCUCUACGAUACGCUCUUCUCCGAGAACGUUGUGCGUUUUGCGCUCUUCACUGCGUGCGCUAUCCUCGGCCUUGUCGACCACACGCGGUACUAUCUGUACUAUGGCAUCCCGCUCGCCGACCUCAUCAACCUCCAUUUUGGCCUCAAGUUUGUCGUCAAGGCCAUGAACAUGAACAUGGGCAAGCUCGCAAUCACGGCCGCGUUCGGCGGCGUCGUCAUUUACUUUUUCGCGCUUCUCGGGUACUACUUUUUCCAGCCCGAGCUCUCCAACGGCGGCGACGACGCCAACCAGUGCUCGACGCUCAUGCACUGCGUCAUGACGUACCUCCACAGCGGCCUUUUGAAUGGCGGCGGUAUUGGCGACUACCUCUCGGACGUGCCAAUGAACUACAACGACAAGGGCCGGUACUUUGGCCGCGUCUUUUACGAGCUCGCGUUCUUCAUUGUCGUGAUCACGCUCAUUUUGAACCUCAUCCAAGGUAUCAUUAUCGACGCGUUCACAGCCGUGCGCGAAGCGUCGGAGAACAAGCUCAUGCUCCGCCGGACGCAGUGCCUUGUGUGCAACCGGCCGCGCGCGGUGAUUGAAGCCCAAGGCAUGGACGCCGGUAUUAUGAACAGCUUUGCGCGCCAUACCGAGACCAAGCACAAUUUGUGGCACUACUUUUUCUUCAUCAAGUACCUCAACAGCAAGGACGAGACCGACAUGAACGGCAUGGAGACGUUUGUGUUUGAGAAGAUCAAGACCAAGGACAUGUCGUGGGUGCCGCAUAUUUAGAAAUGCACGAGAUGACAAUAUAUGCUGUUUUUUAAGACAAUA